AUAUGGACGGUCGAUAGUUCUUCAUCGAGCUGUCAUUAUUUUGUUUUCGUAGUAAAUUGCAGUUUAAUUCUGUGAAAAGAAGAGCCUGGGCAUCUGCAAAAAUGCCGUUACGAGCUGAAGAAAUUCUCAAGGGAUUUCAAGUUAAUUGGAUGAAUUUGCGUGAUGCUGACAGUGGAAAAAUACUUUGGCAAGGGAACGAGGACCUGUCUGUACCAGAAGUUGAACACGAAGCCCGAGUUCCUAAAAAAAUCUUGCGAUGCCGGGCGGUAUCUCGAGAGAUCAAUUUCAGUUCCGCCGAACCAAUGGAGCGCUUUAGAUUGGAGCAAAAGGUUUUGUUCAAAGGACGUUGUCUUGAAGAAUGGUUCUUUGAAUUCGGUUUCGUCAUUCCUAGCAGCACAAACACUUGGCAGACUCUGAUCGAAGCAGCCCCAGAGAGCCAAAUGAUGCCAGCUAACAUUUUAAAUGGGAAUUUAGUUAUUGAAACAAAGUUCUUUGACGACGAUCUCUUGUUGUCUACUAGCCGUGUUCGCCUGUUCUACAUCUAGGAGAAUGAGCAUUUAAAUCGACUUUGAGAAUUUGAACCACCCUGGGACCAAGGAAUACAGAAAGAAGCUCAAAAACAGCGAACGUAGAGCUACUUAAUAGAAAAACCUAGUAGCAGUCAGCAUUAAAUGUUCAUCACGGUAGCAAUCCUUGAUAAUACAAGAAGAAUUAACAUUGA